CGCAUAUCGAGUUGCGUUCCAUACCGCGGUCGGUCGCGCACCUUUCGCUGCACGUGCCAUUAUAUCUUAAAAAAAAACUUUUAAAAUAUUCGAAUCAUAAACAGGUGUUCGUUUUUCAAAUUGGUUGUGUGUGUGUGCAUUUAAAAUGGUUAGAAAAAUCAGUGCGCUCGUCUGCUGCCUCUGCGUGUUUGGAAUAUCGCUUAGUGAUAGCGCGAUUUCGGCUGAAAGUGAAACGAGAUGCCGGAACCCACCAACGGCACCGCAAAAGAUCGAGCGAGUCAUCACGCUGUGCCAAGAUGAAAUCAAGCUCUCUAUCCUCAGAGAGGCCCUGGACGUGAUAAAGGAGGAACACACGAUGCCAGCGCAGAAGCGGCGCAACAAGCGAGACGUCCCUUUCACGCACGACGAGAAACGGAUCGCAGGGUGCCUUCUACAAUGCGUGUACCGGAAGGUGAAAGCUGUGGACGGCUAUGGUUUCCCAACCCUAGAGGGCCUCGUGGGCCUGUACUCUGAUGGCGUGAACGAGCGCGGCUACUUCAUGGCGGUGCUUGAAGCCUCCAGAGAGUGCCUCAUGAAGAACCACGACAAGUUCUCCAGGACCGUGCCCAUGGACAACGGGCGUAACUGCGACAUAUCGUUCGACAUCUUCGAGUGCAUAUCGGACCGCAUCGGCGACUACUGCGGGAAUUCCGGGCUCUGAACCGAGACGAACAACACCAUAUCUUAGUUCCACUACACACUAGUGUCUCUAGCGUCCACGUCUAAACAACUAUGGUAUGUGGCGGAAGCUUGACGCAAUGUUGGCGACGCCAUUUUGUAUUGCUACAGUCUGAGUUUAAAAUAGUAGGCAGAAUUACAAAAGUGGCGAUAUUGUGUAGCGGUUCCAUUUUCCUACAAUUAUAAUUGUUUUUAAGAGACGACACUACAGUGUCACUUCACUACUUUUUGAUUCCUAUAGUUUUUUGUCGCCGACGCAGACGCUGCAAAACUAGCAUGUGGUGUGACUUUUAAAGCUUUAUUUUACUUUUAUGACUGUACUUUCUACUACGUUUUACUUUAUUUUGCAAUGAUAAGAGUAACUGACUCUGUCCCAGUUGCAAAACUGUCUCAAACUUUAACAAUAAGUAAAGAGAGAAAGGUUGUGUUUGUUUGCAAAUCGCGCGCAGUUUAUCAUACAAAAUUACUUGCUACUUUUACUUCCUUGCAAAAAUAUAGUAGUCGUCAAGAACUGCAGGCUAAUUUAAGUUACCACUUAUUUCAUAAGAGAAUGUGAUAAGAACAGUGUACAUAGUGAUAAAACUUAAUUUUACUAAAUUCUAAUGCUCAAUAACAUAGCUUAUAAACUAAUAAAACUCGAUUUGAUGCACUUCUGUGCUAAAUAUUAAGUACAUAUUUUUUCCAAAUUUUAAGUGAAUUUUAUUAAAAUGCAAAUAAAUAAUUUUAAGUAUUCAAAUUACUUUGCUCGCUCACUGCCGUUUAUGUUGUGAUUAGUUGAAUAAGACCACGAUAGGUACUUUAAAUGUGCUUUAAAAAAAUCUUGUGUCAGUUUUGCACUGUAGAUAAUGUUAUGAAAUAAUUGGCUUAAUAACGAACUGAUAGAAUAAUUAAUUCAUAAGUGUAACCUAAUAAAUGUAAUAAAUUGUAUAUAUGAUAA